CCGCCUUUACCAGCCGGCACACCCCAUCCGCCGCCGGAUUAUAUGAAAGACAAUGUGAACAACUAUUGGGGCACCGCACCAGAUAAGGGCUCUAUGACUGGACCUGUCCUCGGGUCUCUCAAUGAAAGCGCCUUGGAGGCCAUCCAUGGGGCGAAGCAAGAACGCGACAACAGCGAUGAUUACUGGCUAUCAAGUCUGGGUAGCAUUGGUUCCAUGCCCUUGGCAGAUCCUGGCUAUCAGUUUUUCCGCAAUGUCAAGGACUUUGGCGCCAUUGGAGACGGCGUUACCGAUGACACAGCUGCCAUUAAUCGAGCAGUGGCUGCCUUCAGCUCGAGCGACAUUAGCACGCUUCGCUGCGGCGAUGAUUGCGGUUCGACAACAACUCAGGGAGCACUCAUAUACUUCCCUUCUGGUACCUAUCUUAUCUCCACACCUAUCAUUCAGUAUUACUACACUCAGUUUGUUGGCAACCCGAACAGUAAACCCAUAAUUCUGGGUUCGGAGAACUUUACUGGAAUCGCUCUUUUUGACUCGGAUUUCUAUAUCCCCGGCGGCAAUGGUGAUGAAUGGUACAUCAACCAGAGCAACUUUUACCGCCAGAUCAGAAACUUUGUCUUUGACAUGACGGCUCAAAAUUGGACCAAUUAUGAUAACGACCAAGAGUAUGUACCUUCAGGUGUUCACUGGCAGGUGGGCCAAGCGACCAGUAUCACCAACUGCGACUUCAAAAUGGCCGUCUCAGCUGAGGGUCAAGCAGCGACAGCUGUAGGAAUCUAUAUGGAAAAUGGAAGUGGUGGUUUUGUUUCCGAUCUGACCUUUGUUGGAGGCAAUAUCGGGUUCCUCGCGGGGAGCCAGCAAUUCACCGCUACCAACUUGCAAUUCACCUCUUGUCUCACGGCUAUCUUCCAACAAUGGAGUUGGGGCUUCACGUGGAAGAACAUAUACGUCCUUUCUUGCUAUGUUGCCAUUGAUGCAACCUCCUACUCGGGCACCUUGGAACAGGGCACCGGCUCGAUCGCCGUGGUCGACUCGCACUUCAACGGGGUGCCGUACGCGAUCACCCUCGGCCAGAACGAAGAUCAGCAGCCCACUGUGGUCCUUGAUAAUCUUCUCGUUGAGAACUCCGACUCGAUAGUUCUCAUCUCGGGCGGUGAUACCCUUCUGGCGGGAUCGGCAAGUGCCACAUAUAUCAAUUCUUGGGCCAAUGGGUACGAAUAUCUCCCGAAUGGUGCCGGGGGCAAGAGACAAGGCUUCAUGAGUCCGGCACCGGAGAAGCCGUCAUCACUCCUCGAUGAUGACGGGGCUUACUUUUCUCGUCUCAAACCACAGUACGAAGACGUGUCGGCUGGUAGCAUCAUUGUGGCAACAGAUCAGGGUAUUUCCAACGAUGGAACUGGCGAUCAGACCGAUGCCAUCAACUCAAUGCUGGCUGGUAAUGUAGGAUCCUUGAUUUACUUCCCUGCUGGUGUUUAUCUGGUCGAGGGUACAGUUCAAGUACCUGUUGGCAGCAAGAUUAUUGGCUCUGGCUGGAGUCAACUCAUGGGAACAGGCUCAUAUUUCCAGGAUGAGUCAAACCCCCAAGUAAUGGUCCAAGUUGGCAACGAAGGCGACUCUGGCAUCAUUGAGAUCACAGACUUGCUAUUCACGGUGAAGGGUCCUACAGCGGGGGCCAUUUUGAUGGAGUGGAAUGUUCACGAAGACAGCCAAGGAAGUGCUGGCAUGUGGGAUAGCCAUUUCCGUGUUGGUGGUGCCACUGGUUCUGACCUCCAGGUGGGGGAUUGCCCCUCGAAGAGCUCAUCUGUAAAUGAAGAGUGUAAAGCCGCAUCUCUACUGUUACAUGUCACAUCAAAAGCUUCAGGUUACUUCGAGAACGUCUGGGCUUGGGUUGCCGAUCAUGACUUAGACAACCCUGCGAAUGCCGACGCAACGGAAAGCACCGAUGGAAUUCCUCUGAAUGUUCACACCCAAAUUUCCAUCUAUGCAGGUCGUGGUAUACUUAUUGAGUCGCAAGGGCCAACAUGGAUGUAUGGAACGGCAUCUGAGCAUGCUCAGAUGUACCAAUAUCAGUUGUACAACGCUUCCAACAUCUAUCUCGGCCACAUGCAAACCGAAACCCCUUACUAUCAGCCCAACCCCGUUGCCACUGGGCCAUUUGUGGCCGGUCAGUUUCCUUCCGAUCCAACCUUCUCGAAUUGUGCCGAGGAUUAUUGUAAGGAGGCCUGGGCUUUACGCGUGCUCAACUCCAAUAACGUCUACAUUUACUCGGCCGGAUUCUACUCCUUCUUCUCAGACAACGAGCUUGGGUGCACUGAUCAGGAAGAAUGUCAAUUAGCGCUCAUCGAGACCAACUAUGCUUCAGAUUUAUAUUUAUACAACAUCUUUACGAAGGGCAACGUUCAAAUCGUUACCCCGCGUGGCGGUCUGCCUGCGCUGCUUUUUAACUCCACGACCAAAGAUGGCUACACAAGUGAGAUCGCUGCUUGGCUAGCUUUGUCCACUACUGGAGAAGAUAUCGGAGAUGACUCAGUAUCUGGCCCAGGUAACGGAACGGACUCCGGAUACGUCACCAUAGACCCUGCGAUCUGGAACGAGCCAACGGACUCUGUAACUGUUGCAUGUAACGCACCGUGCACAUAUGUGCUACCUCCCCUUACUCUGGCAACGGAUACAACGUUUUCCUACCCACUAUACACUGGUACAAUGGAAGUUGGUUGGCCCACCACUCAGACUUUUACGUAUCUAGGUACAACCUCGACAACCGUUGGCUACAUCAGUGUCAUCACAACAACCACCAUAACAAUUCCUGCAGUAACAACAUCUGUCAUUUCCGUCUACAACGUACCUGUCGGCAGUGACGCCGGCGGUACCAUCAUUUAUGCUACGCCUAGCAUAGUACAAUCCCCUUUCAUCAUUUCAGAUGCCACCAUUAUCAAUGGUACUACGCAUUCGCUCAACACUAGAACCUUCACUCCACCACCAUGGCCGGGUAGUGACUGGUCUGAGUCAACUCCCACCGCCAGUGUCUCUGGUUCGACCAAGACCUCGUCCACAAUAGUCUUAACAAUCCCAACCAGUACUGGUAACACGGGUGGCUCAAAGACUUCACACGAUACACAUUUCCCACCAAUUACACACACGGACGGACCGCCCAAGCCCACAUGUAUUACGCCAGGUGGCUGUGGCUCUGGCUGCAAGAUAUUCUGUGACCCUUGUUUCCUGACUUGUCCGGAUACCAAUGGUAUAAAUUGGUGGGACUCUAAUGAUCCGGACAGGCCCGUCGAUCCGAGCGACCCCAAUGACCCAGACAACGAGGACUGCACGACUGCGACCUAUAGUUCGUGCAGCACUCAUUGUAUUACAGCCGCUGCAACAUCAAGUUGCACGAGCACGUGCAAAGACGUGGUCGGCUGUGAUACGACAGGAACAGAGGUGAUGGCCGGCUACACCAUGGCACCGGUCUUCACGCCAAUUUUUGAGCUUUGGACUGGAUUGAAAGAUAUGGAUGACCCAGCAGAGUGGGAGCCAAAAUUGAUUUCCGAGGUCCUGGGCUCGACAACUACCCCCCCGGUAGUGACCAGCACGAAGACCAUAACCACUGUUCACACAGGCGAGCCAACAACUACGACUACUACAACUGUAGUGACCACAACGAGCACUUGGGAGGUUGUUCUCUACGCUACUACCUAUUGUAUAACUGGAGAUUUCGACGAAUAUUAUACAUUAGAAGGCCCAGCGUAUCCGGAACUGUCUGAUAACGUGGAGUGCAUAUCGAUCCCCCGAGUGGGUAUCCGAGUGAUAUCUUUGACGAGUCAUCCAUCAAUUGCCGGCACUAUACAGAUGGUGGAAAGACGUGGAGUGGUUGUGAUGACAGCCUCUUCAAUGAACCAGGAUCAUGGGUGAUCAAAGGAGGUAGAUGCCAGGUAUUCAGUGAAAGCGGUUGUCCCAAUGAUUCGGGCGAAUAUGAUUACUACGAGCCUGAGGGAUGCCAUACGUAUGGAGUGGCCAUCUACGACGAUAUCAAGACUUGGAAAUCCAUGAAGUGCUUCUCCGAUGGCACAGCAACGACACAGUCGCUCCGUACCAAUUCACUUGUCGCAGCGAGCACUCCCAACAACACUGUCGUCGAUGCGGGCGACGUUUUGUGUUGGAGCGACUACAACAACUACAAUUCCAGCGACAUCGACAGGUAUCAAGAAUUCACAUUGGCUGAUGCUCAGCAAGCGUCCUCGGCAUUCUGCGCCGCCAACUACACACUCACGCCAGAUAAACCGCAUGGCUUUUCCCAAGCUUAUAGCAGCAACAACUACACUUUAUAUGCACAGAUGAGAUGGGCGGAUGGCCCGGAC